AUGCAACCUUUAUCUCCAUUUCUUUCCACCACUCUCAUUUUCUCCUUUCCUUUUUCCUUCUGCCUUUCUUUUAAUACCUCUUCAUUUCCUGCUCUUUCAUUUCGUCUUUAUUUUUUCCUUCCCCCAAUGCAGUCUGUCAUUCUAGCAUUUUUCUUCCUUUUGUCUUUAAUUUUCCUUAUUUAUUUCUCUCUUUUCAUUUCUUUCUUUUUUCUUUCUUACCUUCUUUUCGUAUUAAUCUCUUUUCAUUUUAUUUCUUAUUUUCUUUCUUUUUUCUUUUUCUUACUUUCGUGUUAUUCUCUUUUUCAUUCUUUGAAUUAUUUAUUUAAUUUUAACCUCUCUUCAUUUUCUUUCAUUUUUACCUCUCGUCAUUUUCUUUCUUGCUUCAUUUUUCUUUCUUUCUUUUUUUCUUUCUUUCUUUCUUUCUUUCUUUCUUUCUUUCUUUCUUGUGAUUCUCUUUUUCAUUCUCUGAAUUAUUUCUUAGAUUUUAACCUUUCUUCAUUUUCUUUCUUUUUUCCAUUUGAUUAUUUUUCAUUUUAA